AUGGAUUCGCAGCAAUCAGAUUAUGAAUAUAGAGUUUUCUUGGCCGUCAAUGACGUCGAAAAUAUAGGUUUGCGCGCGUCGGCGCGAAAACACUCCAUCAAGAUCUCGACAUUGAAGGAUCGUUGCGCCGGAGCCCACGACAUCACAACAGCACAUCGGGGAGAACUGUCGCUAACUCCUGAGCAAGAAGAUGACCUAGUGAACUAUAUUAUCGAGAGAGAGAAGGCAUUCCAGCCUCUCACGAGGUCUGACAUACGCGGCUUUGCACAGCAGCUGUCUGAGGUCAAUGGGCAGAUAUCCUACAUCGGCAAGAACUGGGUAGACCGGUUCUUCACACGACAUUCCUCCAUAGAAAAGAAGCCUACGAAGGUCUACGAAGCAGCUAGAAAACGUGCCGUAACGAGGAAAUCGUUAUCUGACUACUACGAGGGUCUCCAAUGGGUUGUUGACAAUAAAAAUAUCACACGAGCAAAUACAUACAACGUCGAUGAAAACGGCAUGCAACUUGGGGAAACCCGGGCCGGCAUAGUAGCAGGAACAGUCAUGACGACACGAUCUGAGGUUAUCAAGACCGACAAUUCAACUUGGGCCUCAGUAAUCGAGUGUAUAUCAGCCGGAUCUCGCCGUCUUACGCCUGUUGUCAUAUUCACUGGAAAAAACCUCUAA